UGGACGUGCCUGUGAUGUAAGGGCGCUGCUGGGGCUGUUGUCGGGGAUGGUCACGCGGAAUGCGGCGGCGCCGCGGCCGGGACACGGACAGUAAGUGGCCUCUGCUGUCCUUGCAUUUCCAACUGUUGAACUUUUGGUUAUUUGUGAUAAGGACUAUGCUGGAUCGGUCAUGGUCCUCAAUUCAAUGCUGAAGCUGGUACAGAGGCAGACGUACACCUGCCUGUCUCACCGAUAUGGCUUAUACCUUUGCUUCGGAGGAUUAGUGCUCAUGAUUGUGUCUGCCUUUCAGUUUGGAGAGGUUGUCUUGGAAUGGAGUCGGGAUCAAUAUCAUGUUAUGUUUGAUUCAUAUCGUGACAAUGUAGCUGGAAAAUCGUUUCAAAACAGGUUAUGUUUGCCAAUGCCAAUUGAUGUGGUAUAUACGUGGGUGAAUGGUACAGAUCCCGGUUUACUAAAGGAGCUACAAGAAUUAAGGGAACAGAUGAAGAACGACCAGAAUAAACUGAGAGAAAGUCUUGGAAACGCCACAGAGGCCACAAAGAAAAGAUUUAUUUAUUACAGUGAGAAGCAACCAGAAUGCAUGUUAUCGCUGUGUGUAAAGGGUCCCAUGAUUGUUUUGGAUCCGAGUUUACCAGCAAACAUUACCGUCACAGAACUGCCUUCUCUCUUCCCUCUCUUCCGUGCUGUAAAGCAUCUCUAUCAGAUACCAAAGCUGAAAACCCCAUCGUCCAAUAUUACUGUACUUAUGUUUGAUAAUCAAAAAGAAGUGGAUGAUGCACUUUCAACAAAACAAAGCCAAAAUGAUAAACGAUUGGCAUGGAGAGGAUAUCUGACCACAGAUAAAGAAUCUCCUGGAUCGGUCCUAAUGCCGAAUCUUGCGUUCCUGAGUGGUUUUCCAGCAUCCUGCAAAGAGGAGGAACAUAUCCGAGCCAAACUACCGCCAGUUAUUACUGGCAAGAUGAAACAACUGCAGUUAUAUUCUGAAGCUGGUGUGGUGCUAUUAUUACUCAAAGAUCCAAGAGAUUUUGUGGAACUAACCAAGCAGCCCAAGCAUAACAUGACUAUAGAGGGGAAAGAGAUAACAGUCAACCCUGUCUAUUUAUUGUGGGACCUCAGCACUAUCAGCCAGUCCAAGCAGGAUGAUGAUAUUUCAGCCAGUCGGUUUGAGGACAAUGAGGAAUUGCGCUACUCUCUGCGGUCUGUGGAGAGAUAUGCACCAUGGAUACGCCAUGUCUUUAUCGUAACCAAUGGCCAAAUUCCUUCUUGGUUGAACUUGGACAAUCCUCGUGUAACAAUCGUAACGCAUCAGGAGAUCUUCAGGAAUCUCAGCCAUUUGCCAACCUUUAGCUCGCCAGCCAUUGAAACACAUCUCCAUCGCAUUCCCGGCCUUUCUCAGAAAUUCAUCUAUUUAAAUGAUGAUGUCAUGUUUGGAGAGGAAGUGUGGCCUGAUGACUUUUACUCUCAUUCGAAUGGACAAAAGGUUUACCUCACCUGGCCAGUUCCAAAUUGUGCUGAUGGAUGUCCUGGCUCUUGGAUUAAAGAUGGCUACUGUGACAAGGCUUGCAAUAAUUCAGCUUGUGAUUGGGAUGGAGGCGAUUGUCUUGGUAACACUGCAAGUAGUCGUGGCGGUGGUGCUGCAGGAGUGGUGAAUGCACAGGCCUGGCAGUUUGCUGGUGGUCUUCCAGGACUAACGUAUUGCAACCAAGGUUGCGCCAACUCUUGGCUGGCUGAUAAAUUUUGUGAUCAAGCUUGUAACGUCUUAUCAUGUGGAUUUGACGCUGGUGAUUGUGGACAAGACCACUUUGAUCAGAUGUAUGGCGUGAUUCUUUUUCACAACCAGACCCAUUAUGUGAUUCCGAAAGGUGAGGCGUUGACUUACUUCAGUUUUGAGGGGUUUGCUAACAAGAUCGCAGAGGCAUCAUUUGUAGAUAAUGCAGUUAUUUGGCACGCUUCCGUGGCUAACAAAUGGAAGACAAUUCACUUGAUCAUGCACAGAGGAAUUAAUACAACCGCUGUCUAUUUUAAUUUGACUUUCCUGGACAAAAAUGAUAAGGAAUUUAAAAUGCACCUUACUGUUGAAGUUGACACCAGAGAAAGUCUGAAAACAAACCAAUCUUCCACUUUGAAGGAAAGAAAGGCAAAAAAUGUCACUGCAGCCCCACUGGAAAUAGAGGUGCCAUUCAAAGAGAUUCCUAAAGAACUGCUAUUCCCCAAAAUUCAGGAAAGGACUUUGGAUGACUUGAACAUCAGCCUUCUGCUCCAUCUUCAGUCUGUUAAUGUAUCACUUCUGCCUAUUUCUGUACAAAAUCAAUUGCAAGAAUUGGAUUCAAAAUUGAAAGAAGGUGAUAUUACACUUAAAGGGUAUAAUCAUACAAAGUUAUUUAUUUUGAAACCUUUUGGAAAUCUUAUCCAUGCUUCAAAAAAGAAUGAAAAUGAAGGAGGGAAUCAGCGCACAGAAAAUAUUUUGGUAAAGGAUCUGGACUUCUCGGAAAAGGGAUUUACUGAUGCAGAUUAUAUGGGUAAGGAUGAAAACGCUAAGAACCAUUUGACAAAAGAGCGUGUUGAGAAUGGCCAAGCAGGAAGAAAUGAACAAGCUGACAAUCUAGUAACUCUGAAUUCUUCCUCUGCGAUGAAAAUGAGUGCCAUAUUAAAAGACCCACCCAAGGAUAUCCCAGUGUUACAAAAAUCAGAUGUCAAACCCAUCACUUCACAGAGAAUUCUUCAUAUUCUUAUUCCAAAUGACAGCAGCAAGCUAAAACAGGAUCAGAGUGCCAAAGAGAUUGAUACAAAGUUCAAGGCUCAAGAGCAAAGAGUUAAAGCAUUAAGAGAGGUCAACACUGUGACGUCAGAAGUUGAAUUUAAAAACAUCAGUACAGGAUAUGCCAACAGAAAACUGCAUUAUUAUGUUGAAAAUUAUGUUGGCUUUCUACCGUGGGAAAAACAAAGGUAUUUUCAAGAUCUGUUGCAAGAGAAGGCAAAGCUGGAGAAGGCGUAUGCAUAUUACACUGACAGUAAACAAAUGGGAAGAAAACUCCAGGACACGUUUGCAGACUCAUUGCGCUAUGUGAAUAAACUUCUCAAUACCAAAUUUGGAUUUACUUCUCGUAAGGUUCCUGCUCACAUGCCUCACAUGGUUGAUCGUGUUAUCAUGAGUGAUCUUCAAGAUCUUUUUCCAGAGGCCUUUGACAAGUCUUCUGACCAUAAGGUUCGUCAUUCUGAGGACAUGCAGUUUGCAUUUUCCUAUUUUUACUACGUAAUGAGUGCACUACAGCCAUUAAACCUAUCCGAUGUUUUUGAUGAGGUUGACACCGAUCGAUCAGGAAUCCUCUCUGAUCGGGAAAUCAGGACGUUAGCAACCAGGAUUCAUGAACUUCCCCUGAGCUUGCAGGAUUUAACCAGUUUGGAACAAAUGCUGAUCAAUUGCUCAAAAAUACUUCCUGCAAAUGAAACUCAUAUCGACAGAGUUUCUCCCACCAAGGAGGCAUAUUAUGACCCGAACUUGCCUGCAGUAACUAAAGGACUUGUGAUCAACUGCAAACCAAUCACUGAUCGGAUCCGUAAGGCUUACAAGGACAAAAAUAAAUACAAGUUUGAAAUCAUGGGAGAAGAAGAGAUAGCUUUUAAAAUGAUUCGCACUAAUGUUUCUCAUGUGGUUGGACAAUUGGAUGACAUCCGAAGAAAUCCGAGGAAAUUUAUUUGUUUAAAUGACAACAUUGAUCACAAUCAUAAGGAUGGAGCCACAGUGAAGGCAGUGCUUCGAGAUUUCUACGAGUCAUUGUUCCCCGUGGCAUCCCAGUUUGAGCUGCCAAGGGAGUACCGCAACCGGUUUCUCCAUAUGCAUGAGCUUCGGGAAUGGAGAGCAUACAGAGACAAGUUGAAGUUCUGGACACACUGUGUGCUAGUCACUCUAAUUGUUUUCACAAUUUCUUCCUUCUUUGCUGAACAGCUAAUUGCACUAAAACGCAAAAUUUUCCCAAGAAGACGAGUAUACAUGAAUGUCGCUUUCGAUCGAAGCAGCGUGUAGAGACAGAACGACACUUCGACAUUGUUCAUGCACUAUUCAGACAUUUGUCCUGCAAGAAUAAGAAAAUGUUUGGCAGGAUGAGUUAAAUAACGGACGGAAGCAAACAAGUCUCUGACUGACUCAAAGGGAUGGAAGUGGGUAAUUAAUUACCCAGGAAAGUAGCAGACCAGGGGUCGGGAAUGCAUGACUCCAGAACACGAGCGUUCUCGCUGAAUGCCAGAGAUGGGAUCCUGUUUGGUUGUCGCCGCUUGGGGAUUCUCUCAAGUUAUUGAAAGCAUGAAAAUAAAUCGCGGGAAUCCCAGAACAAGGAUGACAAAGGAUAUCACAAAGGAAAUUGUUGGAGCCAUCUCCACACGACUCAUUGAUGUACCACUCCGUGUAAGAUGCACCAUCCUGUCUCUGCAGAAACGGUGUUGUACUGUUUCAGACUGAAACUUUAAAUGACUGCACUAUAUAUAUUUUUAAAUGGAUCUCUCUUCUCCCUGCAAUAUAUUGUAAAAUAAGGUGAUUGUAGUAUUGCUUUGAGGGCUGCAAAGAAGCUGCAUUAUUGAUUCUAAUGUCAGCUCCUGUAAGGGGUGUCGGCCUGUGCAUCGGACUUGGUUACAUGUAAUGCAACCACGGGUACAUCGCAGUUGAUCUAUAAAGGGGCUACAUGGUGGUGCAGGCAUCUUGCGUAUUACGCCAGAGUUACGUUCUUGAAAAGCAGCGCAUAAUUCACAUUAAACAUAUACACGACUACACUGCCAGGUGUACAUUUGAGUGUGUUAUUCCAAAAUUACGAGCGUGUAAACCAGGCUUUGGUAUUAAAAGAACAAGUGUGUUAUUUCAAAAACGCUUAAAUCAAACAGACCUAAAACUCAAGGUGCUUGUACUUCUAUUUUAAUGUGAAAUACAUUAGUUGAUGUAUUUGAACGUGGUAUAAGAAGUUUGAAUGUUUAAAUCUAACCUCAUCUUUCACUCCAGUCAUUAGCCUUCCACACGGCUCUGUACACAAGUGCCUGUUGUGGUUGGUGCAGGUCAGAGCUGCCGGCGUUAGAUCUUUAUUUAUUUUGUAGUUUGAGUAGGUUAAAGACAAAUUUUAUUGUGUUUCUUGGAUGUUUGAGGUGAUCUGUUUUUACUGGAGAGCCAUUUUUAUACUUUUCACAGCAAUUGGUGUUAUAUCUCUGUGGCAGUGUGAAUAAAUGUACGAUUGUUCACUUUUUCUGGUCAUUGAAUUCAAAAUAAAAUGUUGGCAGCAAGA